UGGCAUCGUGUCGCCCUCGGCUUUCGUGGAAGAGUCAUUAGACUUUUGGUCGAUUGCCAGCAACAGGAAGCUGUAGCAUUGGACAAGCCAAGAGUGGCCAUCACUCGCGGGACCUACCUCCGCCUACUUCACGAUGGAAUUAAUGUAGGCACGCUAAGAGGAACUAGAUUAGGAUACGUCUAA